AUGAUCGGCAACUACGGCAGUCCACAUCGCAGUGGUCAAACAGUGCGCUUCCAGACGGAUGGUCAGUCUGAUAUCUCGCCGAGUGUGGUAGAGGCUGGAUCUCAUGCAAGCGCGUCAACUGAUUCAUCCACUCCCUCUGGAGGAUCACUGUUGCAGCUGGGCUCCGACAAUGCCGCUGGCCAUUCCAUGACUGUACCUCGAGGACAAGUCAACAACCAGAUUUUACAAGCCAAGCAGCAGCUUCCGACAACCCCUCAGCGAGCUCAUCAUAUGUCAGCCAACAGAAACGGCAUGCCCUCCCUUAUCUCCCAGACUCUCGCUUCUCCGCAGGCUAUUCAGCAGUAUGGUGGUUCUGCUCAAAAGACGCAGUCCAGCAGAGCCGACCACCUCAACAACCCCAAUACACAACGUCGCAGCACCCAUACUAGCCAGAUGUCUGACAACUGGCGUACUUCUGGUCGUCUGUCAUUCAACUCAAGCCGUCGCUCAUCUCCCAUAGUCAAUUCUGCUGACACAUCUCCACCAUUGAUGACCGAUGUUCCCGAGUAUCUAGCUGUACAAGAGAUGGCUUUCCGUCAGGGUCAGUCUGACUCAGGUAACUCCCGCAACAAGGUUCCACCGAGCCCUUUCGCGAAGCACCUUGAUCAUGUCUGGGCUCAGUACUUCAAGGUGGGUGCGGCCUAUGGAGGAACGCCUGCCACACCGCCCGUAGCAUCGUCUCCCUCACACGACAACUUUGCCUGGUCAGUACUGAUCAACCCCACUACACAAGAUCUAGAGCACCUCAACGGCUCGAUCGACAUUGAGUGGGCUCGCAAAAUGUGUGUCAUGUCGUUGAACUGCAUGAAGGAGCUCAUUCACGUCGUGCGCGAGCGUCGCAACGACUGGCGCAAGAUCGUCUGCGAUGUCCCUUUCCCGGUUAAACAGGCGAUAGUAGCCUUCCCCGAUCUCUGCGAGUACUACGAGGCUCUUCAGCACGACGUUCGUCAGGCAUUCGGUAACGGACUAUGA